AUGGAUCCCAUGUUCUUUCCACCCUCCAAUGGAGUGCCCUCAGAGAGCAAACUGGCUACGUACAUGAGUCGUCAAAAUGGCACGACUAGCACGUACGGGAUGCCACUCGCUCUGUCAAAGCUCUCGCUUGAUUCUCCCAUAUCGCUCAAGAAAACACAGGUGACGCCUCAAUCGCCAGAAUUCAUUCCAAACAAUCGGCUGAGCACGUCCUCAUCGCCGAACUUCUACUCGUCCUACUCGAUACUUAGCAGCAACAACGGAAAUGCCGGCAGCAACGGCACGGUAGUUGCCACCGCUCAACCGUCCCAGCAGUCGUCCGUCGUGGCACCGGUUCUGUCCUCGGUUGUUAAGAAUGCGGUGAGCAACGGGGGCUACGUCGGGCCAGGUGGCACUAGCGCUACCGGCAGCAUACUGGCCGGUGCACUCAGCAGCACAUCCGCCUUUGCGGUCACUCCGAUCAAGGGACGAAAUCUGCUGCGAAACGAAUCACCGCAAAGUACUAAUACAUCCCCUCGUAUUACGCCCCAACCUUCACCACCGCCAAUUACCACCAACAUUCAUCAAGAAAAUGUCGGUGGCACAACGUACUUUUACCCAACGGCAGCCAACCAUCAAUUAACGCCGAGCAGUACAGUUAACACGACUGAUAAUUCUUUUGUCCACAUAGCAAGCUCACAAAUUAAUCUAAGUUAUACACAUCCAGGACAUGUUUACCCGGGACCUGCAUCGCACGUUAUUAAUAUGCAAUCGAAGGCACAAGUAUCGGCCGCAUUCUUCGUGCAGGACGAGCUGAGGAAUGAUAUUUUAGCGCGGAACGAAAUUGUCAACACUAUCGACAACGACGGUCAAGAUAUACCUCUCGAAGUGGAAAACUAUCACUCUUUGUGUCUGCUCGAGUCCUUACCGCUUCAUCCGAAGCUUCCACUACCGUCGUCCACGUACAGAGCUACACACAGCGUUACCGGUGUUAAAUACUGCCUUCGACGUCUCCACGGUUUCCGUCUUCAGUCCACGAAAUGUAUGCAGCUGGUGGAUAUGUGGAAGAAACUGCAACAUACGAAUGUCGUGCAGUUGCGAGAAGUGUUUACCACGAAAACGUUCGGUGAUAAUUCGUUAGUAUUAGUGUACGACUAUCAUGCUGGCUCGCAAACGCUGUUAUCAAAGUACUUCACUUCUGUACCCGAGACGAACGGCUACACCGACCCAUUCGCCGGAGAAGCACGUCCUUUCAGCCACAAAAGUUCUCUCCAUCGCUCAGCAUCGACAUCGCUGCUGCCAGAAAACGAAAUAUGGUCAAUUAUCAUUCAGCUAAGUGCGGGCUUACGAGCGAUACACCAGGCUGGUUUGGCGUGCCGAACGUUAGAUCCUACCAAGAUCAUCGUGACCGGGAAACGGAUACGAUACAGUUGCGUCGGUAUAUCGGACGUUGCCACGUUCGAUCCGAACCAACAGAACCCACUGAGUAUGGUGAAUCAUCAUCAAUUGGAGGACCUUACCGCACUUGGAAAACUAAUACUUGCACUGGCAUGCCGAUCCCUACAAUCGGUUCAGCGAGAUCAAAUCCAGAGUAGCGUAGAGCUGGUGUCCCGAAACUAUUCGUCUGAUCUAAGGAAUAUUAUACUAUGUCUCCUGAAUCCUAAUGCCCGCCGCUCCGUGACGGAAAUCAUGCCUAUGAUCGGUGCCCGGUUUUACGUGCAGCUCGACGCCCUCCAAGCCCAAUGUGAUAUUCAGGAAGACGAGCUGGCGAAGGAGAUGGAAAACGGUCGGCUAUACCGGCUGCUCGUGAAACUUGGUUGUAUCAACGAACGGCCUGAACUAAACCUGGACGUGACGUGGUCCGAAACGGGGGAUCGCUACAUGUUGAAACUAUUUCGAGACUACCUCUUCCACACCGUCACCGAGGAUGGCCGCCCGUGGCUGAAUCAGUCUCAUAUCGUACAGUGCCUCAACAAGCUGGACGCUGGCACGAUGGAAAAGGUUCAACUCAUGUCCCGUGACGAACAAUCAGUAUUAGUAGUGACCUACGCUGAGCUGAAGCACUGUCUCGAUCAGGCAUUUUCCGAGCUGGUCGCAGCCAGCGAAGGAUCCGUCUAGUGGCCAACGAACUUCUCCGUAAUGCCGCGGGGUGCUGGAUGAAAACGCAUGAUCUUUUUUUUCGUUUGUUUGUUUGUUUUCUUCGUCGGCGCGAUUGCGCCCGGGUUUCCCAUUUCCAGGCGUGCUCGUGUGUAUGUUACUGUCGUCUUGAUUUUUGCGUACGGUGCCACUAUGUUUCCUACCAGUUCCAGC